AUGAAUUGUGUUGGUUAAACCUCAUCAAAGGAUAUAUUUGUUAGGUCAUUAUCCACAUGACCUAAAAAAUUGAUAAAGUUGUAGAACACACGUGAAUUGUGUUGGUUGAAUGAUUGAAUCUCUUUAAGGGACUCUUCAUCAUUUCUAAAACCCUAUUAUCUACAUAAUUUUUUUUUUUUUUGGUUAGUCAGUAUAACUUUUACGCUGCAAAGAAAGAAAAAGGUAGUCGUGGAACACAAAUGAAUUGUGCUUGUUGAAUCACACUCACGCCUUUCAUGCUGCGACCCCAAAUGUUUGGGAGAAGGGGAGGCUCUACUCCAAGAGCAGAGGACAUGGAUGCUCAUUUUGUAUAUAUGGGCUUCGUAUUUGAUGAGUUUGACAAGUGGGUUUUGAUCAAAUGGCGCUUUCAAUACCCCAUCUGACCUACAUUCCUCUGCCUUCUGAUUCAGGUGGCAAACACCCUGAUCAUGAAGCAGUUUUAUUGCCGGUUCCAAUUCAUAUCGUCACCCAUGCAUCUCAACUUCCAAAAGAAUUUCUUGUUCCCUCUCCUAAAACAGAAUUGGUGAUUGGAUUUGAUUGUGAGGGUGUUGGCCUCUGUCGAUAUGGAGCCAUUUGCAUCAUGCAGCUUGCCUUUCCAGAUGCUAUAUAUUUGGUUGAUGCUAUUAAGGGUGGCAAGAAGUUAAUGAAAGCUUGUAAGCCUGCUCUUGAAUCUAAUUACAUCACAAAGGUUAUUCACGACUGCAAGCGAGAUAGUGAGGCGUUGUAUUUUCAACAUGGUAUCAAGUUGCACAAUGUUAUGGAUACUCAGAUAGCAUAUUCUUUGAUAGAUGAACAACAAGGGCAGGCACGAUCAUUGAAUGAGUACAUUUCUUUUGUUGGCCUCCUUGCAGAUCCACGUUAUUGUGGUAUAUCAUAUUUUGAGAAGAAAGAAGUCCGUGUCCUUCUAAGGCAGGAUCCUUACUUUUGGGCAUGUAGACCCUUUUCUGAAGUGAUGGUCCGUGCAGCUGCUGAUGAUGUACGCUUUCUUCCAUAUAUUUACCAUAAGAUGAUGGAGAAAGUGGAUGAACUUUCCUUAUGGAAACUUGCAGUUCGUGGUGUUCUUUAUUGUCGAUGUUUCUGCAACAGUGAUGUAGAAUAUGCAGAUUGGCCUCCUCUCCCUGCAAUUCCAGGUAACCUUGUUGUGGCAGGGAAUGCUCCUGAGGAGGAGAUCUUGUCAGUGCUUCAUGUUCCUUCUGGAAAAAUGGGUCGUGUUAUUGGCAGAAAGGGAGCUUCAAUCUUGUCUGUUAAAGAAUGGUGCAAUGCUGAAAUUCUUCUUGGAGGUGCCAAAGGCCCACUAGACAAGGUGUUCAUCAUUGGACCCAUUAAGCAUGUGAGGAAGGCAGAAGCAAUCUUAAGGGGAAGGAUAUCCCUUCAUCUUUUUGAGGAACAAACUCCUGGGCUUGUUCCACGCAGAAUACUUUGUUAGGUAAGUAUUAAACUGAAGCACUUUUAUGAAGGUAAUGGUGACUCCAGAUACAUUAUAAUCAUUGUGUAUAUAUCUGGAUCUUUAUUCAGAUUGUAAUAUUUUAUGGUGUACAUUUUGAUUUUGUUUGCACUAUAAAUGCGUGUAAAUCCAAUCCUUUUGUGGAUUGCGACUUUUCUUUUGAAUUAGACUUCGAGAAAUGAAUCAGGUGGUUGGAGGUUCGAUUGCAGCUCAGAAGAACAAGGAAGAGCUAGAGCUAAAAAGAAAAAAAACAAACAAAAAGGCAUCCCCAGGCUACAAGGCUCUUGCUUUGCUAUGGUAAAAGGAGGGUCAUCACAAUGUAGCAGCCUUAACUCCACUUUUAUAUAGAAAAGUUAUUUUCUUGGAUUCAAACCCAUGACCAACAGAUUACAAAGGAGCAACUUUAUCAUUUUUAAUCCAAGGCGCACCCUCUUAAGGAAGAGCUAGAGCUGAAAAGGAGAAAAUAUCAUAUAGAAGUUGGGGGAAAAGAAUGCAGAAGGGAAGAGAAAGGUGACAGCAGGAAGAGGGGGAUUGUAAGCAUUUGAAGGAGAAGAGCUGAAGAAGAUUGUUGAAGGAAGUUGAAAGCAGGCAAUGUAAAUAAUACUGAUAAGUAUAUUGAUAAUCUUCUAAAUGCGUGCAAACAUCUUUUG